AAAUGUAUCGAUUACUGAAUUCCGGUGACAGUUUGGGUGUUUUGUCUGUGGUUUCUACCAGUUUUGUACCGUUUUCGACGUGGCUCGGGUUUCAGCCGCCAGACUUCCCAUGAAUUUCCGAGUGGUCAGGAAGGGGAAAGCAGCAAGCCGAGUAUACUAGGAGAAAGAGAACAACAAGACCGAUAACAAGCUACUUCUAAUAACCAAACCAUCCAUCCCAUAACCACACUCGAUCCGAUUGACUCUCCAAGAUGCUAUCCAACGCUGCCAACCGACUAGUCAUCCUCCAACGGGCUAUCCAGACCCCUCACCUGUUGCCUACAGCCUCCUCAAACCUGGCCUCGCUCGGAUUGAGAUCGGGCUUGAAAACCGUUGGAAACCGAAAGCUGGCUACCGUCGCCGUCUCAGCCGAUCAGUCUUCUUCUACCUCCAGCACUUCCUCCUUGCCUUCGAUCAGUAAUAUCGAAGCUGCAUGGAAAGAAAUGUCACCGCAAGAACAAGAAUCCAUCUUCCAUCAUCUCGAAGGAUUACAAAAGAAAGACUGGACUCAACUCAGCCUUGACGAGAAGAAAGCAUCUUACUGGGUUUCCUUCGGUCCCCAUGGCCCUCGUGAGCCCCUUCACGCCCCUGGCUCAGGGAUCAAACUCCUUCUCGGGAUCACCGGAUGUGUGUCGGCUGCGAUCGCCUUAUUUGUCCUGAUCAGAUCUGCUUCCCCUGACCUCCCGAGAACUAUGACUAAGGAAUGGCAGGAAGCUGCGACUGAACGCGCCAUUGAACAGAAGAUGGAUCCAUUCACUGGUGCAAGUGCUCAAGGCGAAAAGGCCAAGACUUUUGUCCAAUCUAAAUAGAAGAAUAUCUCUUGUUUUUGGAAAAACGAAAAAUUGCAAAAACAUAACUGAAAAACAAGCGCUUUGAUUGUGUUAUAAAUAUAUAAUUAAUUCGGCCUUUUCAGGCAAAUUAGAAGAAACAAAAAAACAAGGCCACACAAAAGAAAAUGAAAGAUAUUCAACACUUCUUUUCUCUUUCUAACAUAAUCCUACCCAUCUUUUUCUUCAUCAUCAAUAGAGAUUACUACAUACAAUCAAACACUUCCAACAAGCAAAACUAAGCAGCGUAGUUCAUAACCUGAUGCCCAAAGAUUCUUUAUUUUAGAAAACAAAAAACAAGAGGAUCUUUUUUGUGAAUUGAUUUGUUUUUCCCCUCGGUGUUCCUUUUUAAUCUACCUUUUUCUUGGGGGGUAUGUAUUUGGGAGUAAGACCUGAUUUUCAAUGCCUCCCGGGCCAAUCUCUUCGUUACUUUUUUUGCUGCUUUUAGAGAUCAUGUCUUGUUGCUCGGUCUUUUCCUUGGGCUUUGAUUCUACGAUGUGGGUUCUUUUGCUUGUGUUUGUUUUGCUUAUCUUCUAUUGAAAUCAAUUAACAGCAAGCAACCCCUUCUAGGACUUAAGCCACGCUCAUACACAAUUUGUUGCACAUAUUUGUUGUCUAUGUUCUUUUACAUCUUCGGCCAAUCACUUUGUUCAUAUGGGAUCUCUUGCCAAUUUAUUCUAGCUUAACAGAGCC